UAAUAAUAUAAUAGUUAUGCUUGAAUUCAGUGCGUUAUCGUAUUGCAUUGUUAGUAAAAAUAAUAAAGGUAACUACGCGAUUACACGCUGUUUAUUUCGAAUAGACAUUAAUUAAUUUUAAUCUGUUAAUUUAUCCGUGGUAGUGAUACAGUAUUUAUAAAUAUUGGUGGCAACGUUUUACGGGUUUCCAGGCGGUACAUCCGCUAUUUACUUUAAGAUUUUGGAAGUUGUUGAUAAAUAUUCAUUUUAUAAGGUAGUAUUUUCAGAAAAAAAUUUGCUGCGUGUGUUAUGGCAAAGCUUGCAGAAAGCCACGAUAACGUGGUAUGCAUAUCGCCAAUAGAAUCGCUGAAAAUGUUAGCGUUUUCACUUGUUUGGGGUUUGUGGAUAGUACUUAAAGACAAUUUGAAUAGACUCGUGAAUGCCGUAACACGUACUUCAGUAAAUGGUAAAUACGGACAAAACAACAGAAGAGACAGCCCUCCAUCAUGUUUGACGAGCACAGUUUACGGAACACAUUCGAACGCCAAAAUCAAGGGCGUUAAGUUUCAUUAUGUUGAAUGUGGAGAUCCUAAUAAUGCAGUUGCACUUUUAUUGCAUGGAUUUCCAUCUUGUUGGAUUAGUUGGCAUCAACAAAUACCAAAUUUAUCAACUGAUUUUCGUGUUAUCGCUGUCGAUCUUAAAGGUUUUGGCGAUUCCGAUAAACCAUCUUCCCGAAAAGGUUACCGAGUGGAAAGCUUAAUAAAUGAGCUUUUAAUGUUUUUAUCGUCAUUAGGCGUGGAUGCCAAUAGUAAAUGUCACAUAAUUGGUCACGACUUAGGAGCACUUUUGGGAUGGUACUUAGUACAUCUAAGGCCAGAGUAUGUAUCUAAAUUCGUGUCUAUUUCUUGUCCUCAUCCCAACGUUUAUUGGGAAUAUUUGCCGACUUCUAGUUUUUUCAAUAAAAACUGGAUUUACUUUAGCCAACUGCCGUAUUUGCCUGAAAUGAAUGCUUUGCAGAGCGAUUUAAAAAUAAUCAAUCAAUGUUAUCAGCAUUUGUCUAAGUCAAAAGAAAAAGACGACAUGGAUUACAUUGACGCAUACAAGUACACAUUUUCAAGAACAGAGGAUUGGACUGGCGCUAUAAAUUACUUCAGAAAUCUGCCGUUUUAUCGAAUAGAAACAUCUACGAGUAAUAACAAUAAUCAAGAUGUCUUAAACGUUCCGUGUUUGCUAAUUGUUGGCAAUAAUGAUGAAAACGUUAAGAUGGAAAGUGUUAUAAAGUCAACAGAGUACUUAAAGACAUUUACCAUAAAAAUAAUUGAUAACUCUUCACAUUUCCCUCAUCAAGAACAGCCAGUGGCUGUCAAUAAAAUUUUAAAGUCAUUCUUAGUUCCUAUAAGGCCUGUGAUAAAUGAAGAAACAUCUCGACGGACCAAUUCAGGUGGGAUCGUGGACAGAUUCCGAGGAUUAGUUACUUCGACGGUUCAAAUUGGAAGUUCCUUAAAAGACUCAAUGCAAAAGCGAAGAGUUCUCGCAUCUCUUGCUUUAAAACAAUUAGAGUAGUGUUAACGUUUUAUUCUUGUAAGAUAAUUAUUUUAUUGAUUUUAAUGUUUGUUGGUCUAUAGCUAACCACACAAAUAGUAAUUUAUUGUGCAUCUGAUUUCAUCAAAUUUGUUAACUAUAAGAAUCUAUUCAAUGAAUGAUUUUGUUUGCAUACUACAGUUAAAGAUGCGUAUCAACCUCUAACAUAAUUAUGUUAUACACUAUUGUUGAGAUUACUUAGUUAAAACAUUUGUUAUUAUUUAUUAGACUUUUGUAAAGAAAUGAUCAUAACCAAAAUUGAUUUAUAUGAACUCCAGGUUGAUUAUGCUUUGUUUACAGUUUUUAUUAGUAAUUGUACAUUGAUAAUUAAUUUAACUGCGCGUAAUUUAUUAUUCGAUGUCUACGUUGAAUGUGUAAAAUGUUUGUACCUCUUAUAUUGUUACAUAUUUUUUAUGUCAUUCAAUCUAAAUUAUAGAUUUAUUUUUUAAACUUAUUGCACACAA